ACAGAGCAGCUCCCUCUCAGCUGAUUCAAAGAGUUCUGGGUUUGUACGCGGUUUGCUUUGACACGCUGCUUUCAGCUCCUGAGUGGCUCACCUGUUUUCAUUUAUUAUGGCUACACGUAUUCGACCGAGUAGUAAACGAUGUGCAGUGAUCGGGGGCUCCGGUUUCCUGGGCAGACACCUGGUGGAGAAGCUGCUGGAUCGAGGCUAUUCUGUUGCUGUGUUCGACAUCCGGCAGAGCUACGAGGUGCCUGGUGUCACUUUCCACCAGGGAGACCUCUGCGACCAGCAAGCUCUGCUACCAGCUCUGAAAGAUGUGUCCCUGGUUUUCCACUGUGCCUCUCCAGCUCCUGCCAGUGAUGAUCGUGCGCUGUUUGAGAGGGUUAACAUUCAGGGUACCCAGACUGUCAUUAAGGCCUGCAUCGAGGCCAGAGUGCAGAAACUGGUCCUGACGAGCAGCGCCAGUGUGGUGUUUGAAGGCACAGACAUUAAAAAUGGGAGAGAGGAUCUGCCCUACGCCAAGAAGCCCAUCGAUUAUUACACACAGACCAAAAUUGUGCAGGAGAAGUUGGUCCUGGAGGCGUGUGACAAGCAGAAGGGUUUCCUCACAGUUGCCAUUCGGCCUCACGGCAUCUUUGGUCCUCGAGACCCGCAACUGGUUCCCAUCCUGGUGGACACGGCUCGCAGGGGCAAGAUGAAGUUCAUCAUUGGUGAUGGCUCCAACCUGGUAGAUUUCACCUUUGUGGAGAAUGUAGUUCAUGGGCACAUCCUGGCUGCUGAACACCUGAGAACAGACUCUCCUAUAUGUGGAAAACCGUAUCACAUCACCAACGAUGAGCCAAUUCGGUUUUGGGACUUCAUGUCUGAGGUGUUGGUGGGUCUGGGAUACGCUGCUCCCCGCUACCACCUCCCCUACGCUCUGGUGUACGGACUGGCCCUGCUGCUCUGGCUGCUCAGCUUGAUCCUGCGUCCGCUAGUGAGUUUUAAACCAACCUUUACCCCGAUGAGAGUGGCUCUGGCUGGAACUCACCACUACUACAGCUGUGAACGGGCCAAAGAGGACAUGGGCUACAAACCGGUUGUCAGCCUGAAGGAGGGGAUCGAACGCACGGUGAAGAGCUACCCUCAUCUCAGACACGGGGCUUGAUGGCGGAAUGGAGAUAAGAAGCUGCUGAGACUUGUAAGACUGGGUGUUUGCACAGUUAAACUCAUGAUGACAACAAGGCGAUAAGAUCACACGUGGAUGGAAGGUUCAAAAUGAUGGAAGCGGCUGCUGAUUCAAACUUCACCCUAUGUGCCUUUUCAAUUUUUAUGUGCUAUUUCCACCAGCAGAUGGCAGCAAAUGAGCUUUUUUUGUUGCACCCACUGCAGGCUGAGCAGUAGUUGCUGAAUUUAUUGCAACAUUAAUGGACAAAAUGUUCAUUUCAGUUGAAUUUAGUUCUGUUUUCACAGUUGUUUUUUUCGCUCAUGUGCUGAGUGCACACUGAGAUGUUGUAGCCGAGAUGUCAAAAUGCUUUAAUACAUUCCACUAAGUGUUGGUCCUCGAGAGAAAAUCAUUUAAAAUACAGUGUGACCAAAUGUAUGUAAACACUAAUGUGUAUUUUGGCAAAAGGCUCUGAGGUCCAAUUAAGUAAAAUCUUAAGCAAUACCUAAGACAAUGGCGUGCUUUUAGUGGGAACACCCUGUAGUGAUUCAACAUGACACUGCCUUCAGGCCUAAAGUGAGGUUCAUUAAGAAAUAGUUUUCUGACUUUGGAGUACAACAACUUAAAUGGCCUUCACAGUGCCCUGGACUGAAUCCCAUCGAAUACCUUUAGGACAGAUUAAAAUGCUGAUUGUGAGGCAGACCUUAUCGCCAAACAUCAGCAGCUGACUUCACUAACGCUCUAGUGGCUAAAUGGAGGCAAAUCCCUGCAGCUAAGUUUCAAAAUUGUGUGGAAAACGAACUUCAUUCUUCUUAAAAUCUGUCCUCAAACACUAAUAUAGACACUGAAUGUUUUUUUUUUUGGGUGAUGUAAAUGCUCUUCCUGUUUAAAGUGCCCAUAAAGAGAUCCAUUCCUAUUGCAAUUACAAGCUAUUAUGUGGCUUCAGGUUUAGUUUGUGAUAGACAAAUCAAAAGUGUCUUAGUUCAAGUUUAGUUUUGUAUUAUAUAUAGUGCAUUCAAACUCAUCAAAAUAUCAGACAAAUGGAAAACGAGCAAGUCAGCUUGAAAUCAUUCCAACCACAGUACUUCACGUUCAUCAUGUAAACAAAUGGUAAGCAUAAUCCUGUGCACCCAGACAGAAAUUGAAACUGCAUCUAACCCAGUGAGUAUAAACAUGCUUUUAUUUGGCCUUUGUAAACUGGUUUUGAAGGUGACCCUAAGUGUCAGUCCAGAUCCAAGUGCUACUGAUACAUCCUGAGGUAAAAAAGUGUGACAAGUUUGACAGACAAGCUGGGACUGGUCCGUUCAGGCACUGAAGGACAAGCUCAGUAUUCCUACUUUUCGUAAGUAUCGUUCUACUUCUGCUAAACUGGAGAAGAGCAUCCAGAAGAAAACAAAAAGGGGGAAUUUAGCACUGAAAUUCUGAUAUCUGCCUCAUGUGACUAAAGCAGACGGCUGACAUUUCUUCUUAUCUUAGGCUGAAUGUAAAUAUGUACACAGAGUGUUGAAUUGGUAGAGGAUCCCUUUAUGGAAAUGAAUAGGAGGAAUAAUUAAAGCCAUCAAUAAAAGACAGAUUUCUGAAA